UCUCUCUGAGUGUAACUCCAGAUCACAAUCAGUUCUUCACUGGUGGUGCUCUGGUGAUACUGACUUGUGAUGAUGAUGAUGGAAAAACAGUUGAUGGAUGGACAGUGAAGAGGACCAGAGGAGGACUCACUGAGAGGUGUGGAGCAGCUUCAGGCCUUGUUCUUAAAAAUUCUCUGUGUCAACUCAAGUUGCGUAACCCCUCUGAUGGAGCUUACUUCUGUGAAAGCUCAUCUGGACAGCGUAGUGAUGAAGUCAACAUCAUUGUUUCAGCUGGUUCCCUGAUCCUGGACAUCCCUUCAUCUCCUGUGUGGACAGGAAGUAAUGUGACUCUGCUCUGUAAAUCCAGAGAUGCUAAACCGGUGAAGUCUUAUUUCUAUAAAGACGGGGAUAUGAUUGAACCUGAUCCUAAAGAAAAUUUGACUCUCACUAAUGUACAAAAGUCUCAUGAAGGUCUCUACUCGUGCUCCACUGAGGAUCAUCCACAUACUCAUGAAAGCAGACUGACAGUCAGAG